AUGAUAUCAGGAGGAUAUUUGGAAUACUACCCCAGCACCCGGUCGAUCAAGGAUAGUGUUCACAUUCUAAACACUACGACUGUGGAAGACAAACGAACCAUUGACGGACCAAAAAUGAUAUUUGGAGAAGUUAGUCAACCAAUCCAACAUCCCCAUUUUGACCCCAUCGUGCUUACAAUCAAAGUUGGCCUCAUGAAUGUGACGAGGGUCUUGGUGGAUACCGGCAGUAUGGCAGAUUUGAUAACGAUGGACUGUUUGAAACAACUCAAGUACAACUCCGAACACUUUGAGAAGCUUGAACGACCACUGAUUGGAUUUGGAAGGAGUCGAGUCUGUCCAUCUGGUACUAUAGUCCUACCAGUUAGAUUCGGAGAAAAGGGUAAUGGCCGAAUCUUGCCGGUUCGCUUCACUGUAGUCAACAUUCAGUUUCCCUACGACAUUAUCAUGGGUCUUUCCCUUAUUAGUAAAGUUAAAGCUGUCAUAUCUAGACACCAACUGCUCAUCCAAUAUGAAAAAGAUGAUUGCAAAGUCGAAAUCUUAUGUGGGGAUCAAAAGAUUACGAGAGAAUGCCAGGUUAAUACACUCAAAAUGGGGGCCGAGAGUAGGGAAAGGGAAAACGAGAGCCGGAAAAGAAAAGCAAAGAAGGGCGAGAAAAAAAUACGUGUGGGUAAGAAUCUUGUCGGACCUAUAAGAGAGGAUCUAAUAGCUGUUAUUCAACGAUACCGAGAGGUAUUCGCAUACACUGUUGAAGAGAUGCCCGAAAUCUCGAUAGAGUUAGCUUUACAUCAUCUGGACAUCAAACUCGGCUACAAGCCGGUUAAACAGAAGCUAAGACACCAAGGUGCCGAGAAGGCAUGGGCCGAUAAAGAAGAAGUAGAUUGA